GUUAAAAUGUUUAAACAAUUGAAGUUGACUUUAAGCCUAUCUAUUUUAAUAGUUGGCAUUGUAUUAACAUCCGGAGACACAAGAAUAUUCAUAUCCGUUGGAAACUCUAAUAGCACUGAGAAUAUAUCUUUGGAUAAGGAUCAACAUUUGUCGGUUGAAGGUUCGUUUGAAGAAUAUUUUGAAAUACCCAAAGAUAAAUUAUUUCUAACUGUAAUUUAUAUGGCCGACAAAUAUGGUUAUAAAGCAAAAUAUGUUUUAGUAAAAAAACAAUAUGCGAAAUCAAGAAUCCAUUUAAGUUUAUCGACAUUAAGAUCUACUGCUGGUUAAAAAAUAAAUAAUUUUUAUUGAUUUUUUUAAUAUUUCAAAUUUUUCUUUUAAUAUUUAUGUUAUAUCUAACAAAAGUCUAAACUAAGAUUAAGCCAUUUUUGUAGCGAAUCUCAUUUAAUAAACAUAUUUUAUGAA